AUGGCUGUCCUAUUCCUCCUCCUUCUGUUCCUAUGUGGGCUUCCCCAGGCUGAAGCAGACAGCAUCCAGGCCAUCUAUGUGGACUUGGGGGAGGCACCGGAGCUGCCAUGUCCUUCACCACCUGCCCUGCAUGGGGACGAAUUCCUGUCCUGGUUCCGCAGCCCGGCAGCAGGCUCCUCCACUGCUUUAGUGGCCCACGUCCAAGUGGCCAGGCCCUCCCCAGACCCUGGGAAGCCCAGAAGGGAAUCCAGGCUCAAACUGCUGGGAAACUACUCUUUGUGGCUGGAAGGGCCCAAGGGCAGGGACGCCGGGUGGUACUGGUGUGCUGUGCUGGGUCAGCGCUACAGGUACCAGAACUGGAGGGUGUAUGAUGUCUCCGUGCUCAGAGGAUCCCAGUUCUCUGCGAGGGCUGCAGAUGGAUCUUCCUGCUCUGUCCUCCUGUGUCCUGUGACCCCUGCCAGGAGCCUGGAUGCUGUGACCUGGCAGGAGGGGAAGGGUCCUGUGAAGGGGGAUGUGCAGUCCUUCUGGGGUGAUGGGGCUACCCUGCUCUUAGUGUGUCCUGGGGAGGGGCUUCCUGAGCCCAGGGCGCGUAAACCAGGAAUCACCCUCUGCCUUGUGCCUCAGAACAAAGGGAUCAGCUUUAGCCUGGCAGCCUCCACGGAUGCCUCCCCUGUCCUCUAUGCCCCUUCUGCAAACUGGGAUGUGGCCUGGAUCCUGAAGCUGUUGCUCACAGUGGGCCAGGGAUUCACCAUUGUGGUCCUUGGCGUCAUGCUCUGGAGGCAGAGGGCCCAGGGGGCUCAACACAGAAGAAACCGCAUGCGGUGCUAUGACUGCGGUGGAGGCCCCAGUGGCUCCUGCAAAGAAACGGUGACCACUUGCGGAGAGGGUGAGCGCUGCGGCUUCCUGGAGCGCAAACCCCAACCAGACCUGGCACAGACCAAACUGUCUGGAAACCCCUCAGUGACCUUGAUUCAUCACCAUCCAGCCUGCGUCGCAGCCCAUCAUUGCAAUCAAGUGGAGACAGAAGUGGUGGGAGACGUGACUUAUACGACCCACAGGGACUGCUGCGUUGGUGACCUGUGCAACGGUGCUGUGGCGAGCACUGCAGCCCCCAUGAGCAUUGUGGCUGCAGCAGUCACCACGCUGGCCUGGCUCUUGCCGGGACUCUGGAGAGGGUAA